ACGAGUGGCGGGCAAGUGCUGAGGGGAUCCCCUUCAUUCGCUGCCUAACUGGUGGAAACACGCGCCUUACACGAGAGGCCUAGUCAUGGCACUGCAGCACACCCGGGAGCAAGGCAUCACCCUCCGCGGGAGCGCCGAAAUCGUGGCCGAGUUCUUCUCAUUUGGCAUCAACAGCAUUUUAUAUCAGCGAGGCAUAUAUCCUUCUGAAACUUUUACUCGCGUGCAGAAGUACGGACUCACCUUGCUUGUCACCACUGAUCCUGAACUCAUAAAAUACCUAAAUAAUGUGGUGGAACAACUAAAAGACUGGUUAUACAAGUGUUCAGUUCAGAAACUGGUAGUUGUCAUCUCAAAUAUCGACAGUGGUGAAGUCCUUGAAAGAUGGCAAUUUGAUAUUGAGUGUGACAAGACUGCAAAAGAUGAUGGUGCUCCCAGGGAAAAGUCUCAGAAAGCUAUCCAAGAUGAAAUCCGUUCAGUAAUCAGGCAGAUCACAGCUACGGUGACAUUUCUGCCACUCUUGGAAGUUUCUUGUUCAUUUGAUCUACUGAUUUAUACAGACAAAGAUUUGGUUGUUCCUGAAAAGUGGGAAGAGUCUGGACCACAGUUCAUUACCAAUUCUGAGGAAGUCCGCCUUCGUUCGUUUACUACUACAAUCCACAAAGUAAAUAGCAUGGUGGCCUACAAAAUUCCUGUUAAUGACUGAGGAUAAGGACAAUAAUAUGUUUGUAACUCUCGACUGUAGGGUUUUCCUGAAACCAAGUCAACAAUAGUUGAUGUGUUUUAUUUCAUUGGUUAAUUUUUAGAUGGGGAAAACUUAACUGAUACUUUUCUGAACUGUGCAUAAUCUUCCAUUUAUGGUACCUGUUAGAUUUGCUGUAGGGUUGACAUAAUGGAUUUAUUGCACACUUCUCAGAAGGGAGAUUGCGUCAGGAAUGGGGUAUUGGCUCCCUUGAAGGUGGUAACUGUAAAUGGAAAAGUGUUGGUUAUAAAGCUAAAUGCCUUCCUUGAUCAGACCCAUUGGUCAAGUAACUUGACUAAGAACUUAGACAGGGAAAUAUUUAAAUAUAAAAUAAGUCUGAUAUUCAGAAUAUUUGCUUAUAUCCUAAAAGUAACUAAUGCUAAUCUGUAAGUAAUACAACUUUACUCUUACUAGUUCCUUUUUGAAUUAUUUGCAUAGUUCCCAUAUUGAAAAAAAUUAUAAUUAUUUCUUUUUAAUUUAUAUAAAUCGAACCUGAAGAGCUGUGGGUAUUUCUGUUGUUUAAAUUCCUGUGGUUUGGAACUUUUACAGUGUCUUUGUUUUAUAAAAUCAGGCUUUAAACGACGAAUAAAGCUAAAUGUGUAUAGUUUAAGCAUGUCUUAAAAUAUUUUUAUACUGGUGUGGUAUUAAUACAGUUAAACAGUAGUUAACAAUGCAUUCAGCAUCACUAAUGAUUUCUUGUUCCUUGUAAGUGAUAUGGCCUAAGUUAAUAAUCCUUGAGGGAAUUUCAAUUCAGUGGACAGGUUUUGAUUUUAUUACCCUUUUGUCGAUGGUAGACCUUAAUGAGCCAUCAUUAUUCAUCUACAGUGAUAAAUGUCUGUUGAAACUUAGUUUAGAAAAUGUUGGAUUGUAGUCUUUUUAUAUUCUUAGCUUGUCAGUCUGGCUUGAUUUUCUUUUUCUAACAUUUAUUUCUUUAUACAUACAAGAACUGGGG